AUGAGUGAACAAGCAAGCCGCAACACCACCAGCUCGGUAUCAUCAUCCACAUCGGAAACGACGACAACAGCUCAAAAACCAAAAUAUACUCCCGGAACCUAUGUACCAGUAUCUAAAACAGUCUAUAAAUCUGGUAAAGUUUGGAAACAACAAAAAGAUAGAUUCUCCGUAAAAAAGACAAGAGCAAAGGAAACCUAUGAGGAACAAAUGGAAAAGAAGAAGGAGCUUCAAGAAAUGAAACAAAUUGAACAACAAAUUAAAGCAGAAAUGGAAGAAGAAAAUAAAAUUGAAAAACGAAAAAUGGAACAGCGACGACAGGCAAGAAUUGAAAGAAUUAUUCGAGAGAACAAGAAUAAACCACUUAAACAAGGACGAGGAAAAUGCAUGGGAAGAAACAAGAGAUUGACAGAAAAGGAUGUUCAUCGAGUCAAAAUUUUCCACGAAACUCAAGGAUUGUUCUAA